AUGAGCAACCAGGAACCCCAACCAGAGCAGUCAAAUGCUUCCAGCGACAAAUAUUACCGCCCUAAGGGAACCAAAAAGUGGUCCACUUGGACGCAAUGGGAAGAUAUUAUCAGACAGUAUAACGAUGGAGAGUUGACAACGACAACUGCUCAACUGGCUGCGAUCUGUGCUCGCAUGAACGAGGAGCACCAGAAAAAGCUUGAAGAGAAGGUCAAGCGCAUAAACCAUAUGAUGGAGCAACCGGCUCCUAUGGAUCUAGAUGUUCGUCAGCAGCUUGGGAGAGCUUUCAGACGCGAGAUCAUGUCGGUUAACCACCGUGCUAGCGUGGCCAUAGGAUGGAAUGUCGGCACGCUCAUGUCUCCCCAGUUUGAGACCGAUUGGAUGCUUACUACACCUAUAGUCUCAUCUAGCCCUCGUUUGACCAGAAAGCCUACCAAAAAGAAAAGCACGGUUAAGGACCUCAUGGUUGAACUCUGUAACAACGAAGUCGACAAAGUUUCCGUGGAAAGGUUUCAAGAGGGUGUCAGACGGUGGCAUAAUUCGCUACAGAAAUGAAACAUUGGGGUGCGAAUUCACGGGUUUUGAUUUUGGCGAAAAGGCAGAUACUGCUUUGUGCCCGAGUGACAUGCCGUAUAAGAGAUGGUCAGAGCUGUAUGAUGCCCUUAUCAAUGGCCAAAUUAGUUUUGAAAAGCUUUAAAUUAAAUGGUUUAGCACAUUUUAAAAAGUUGCUAUUGAUAAAAGCGA